AAGUUUUAAAAAAUGCUGGAUGAUUUUAGAAAUAUGGCCAAGAAUUUGUAUUUUCCAUUACUCUCUUGUCUCAUGUCCAUGACUCUUGAACGCCAGUCUGUGGGCGCUGAGAUUUUCGUGGUACAUCGACGGUUUGUAGAAGUCUUUUCCCAAGGGAAGACGAGGGCAAAGGUUAGUGAGGAAGGGCCUGGUCACGGCCGAGAGUGGCGGAGGAGGCUCAGGGCAAGUACGCACAGCCUCCAGCAGCCACGGGGAGGAAAAGGCGAAUCUUUCCUCACAGUACUCUGGGCUCUGUAGAAUUUCUACGCCACGUGCGCCCAUUUGGCCUCAUUUGAGAGGAGGAGAGGGAAGAAGGGUAGCGCGGGCCGUCAGGAAGGAGACUCGUGUUGCGGCGGAUGAAGGCUCAGCGCGGACCUGCAUCUCGGGCCAGGUUUUCACCCGGCUCCGCGAGGAGCGGGCGGAAAGCUCGUGUCCGAGUGACGAUCGAGGGCCCGGAGAUAGUAACGCCCCGGGUCCAGAGGGCUGGUGGUAGCUUCGGAGGAGCGAUCUUCCUCCGCGGGAAAGGACUUGGAUCAGGCUUGCCUAUGUCCGUGGUGCUGAAGUGCCUCGCGCGCCCUCGUCGACUGACUUCCUGGGCCGCGGCCUGCGUUGCCCUUCUCCUCUGCACCUUUGUCAAAAAUAGCCCAUCUCCACGGCUGAUGGCCAGAGUGGAGCAGGCCCAACACUGAAACUCUUUUCAGACAAGUUGAGGCUGGUUUCCUGAGCAUAACAUGAAAGCAAAUGUGGCUUGCCUUGGAGAAUUGAUUAUCUGAAGAAAUGGAUACUUCUCCCUCCAAAAAAUAUCCAGUUAAAAAACGGGUGAAAAUACAUCCCAACACAGUGAUGGUGAAAUAUACUUCUCAUUAUCCCCAGCCUGGCGAUGAUGGAUAUGAAGAAAUCAAUGAAGACUAUGGAAAUUUUAUGGAAGAAAAUCCAAAGAAAGGUCUGCUGAGUGAAAUGAAAAAAAAAGGAAGAGCUUUCUUUGGAACCAUGGAUACCCUACCUCCACCAACAGAAGACCCAAUGAUCAAUGAGAUUGGACAAUUCCAGAGCUUUGCAGAAAAAAACAUUUUUCAAUCCCGAAAAAUGUGGAUAGUGCUGUUUGGAUCUGCUUUGGCUCAUGGAUGUGUAGCUCUUAUCACUAGGCUUGUUUCUGAUCGGUCUAAAGUUCCAUCUCUAGAACUGAUUUUUAUCCGUUCUGUUUUGCAGGUCUUAUCUGUGUUAGUUGUGUGUUACUAUCAGGAGGCCCCCUUUGGACCCAGUGGAUACAGAUUACGACUCUUCUUUUAUGGUGUAUGCAAUGUCAUUUCUAUCACUUGUGCUUAUACAUCAUUUUCAAUAGUUCCUCCCAGCAAUGGGACCACUAUGUGGAGAGCCACAACUACAGUCUUCAGUGCCAUUUUGGCUUUUUUACUCGUAGAUGAGAAAAUGGCUUAUGUUGACAUGGCUACAGUUGUUUGCAGCAUCUUAGGUGUUUGUCUUGUCAUGAUCCCAAACAUUGUUGAUGAAGACAAUUCUUUGUUAAAUGCCUGGAAAGAAGCCUUUGGGUACACCAUGACUGUGAUGGCUGGACUGACCACUGCUCUCUCAAUGAUAGUAUAUAGAUCCAUCAAGGAGAAGAUCAGCAUGUGGACUGCACUGUUUACCUUCGGUUGGACUGGGACAAUUUGGGGAAUAUCUACUAUGUUCAUUCUUCAAGAACCCAUCAUCCCAUUAGAUGGAGAAACCUGGAGUUAUCUCAUUGCUAUAUGUGUCUGUUCUACUGCAGCAUUCUUAGGAGUUUAUUAUGCCUUGGACAAAUUCCAUCCAGCUUUGGUUAGCACAGUACAACAUUUGGAGAUUGUGGUAGCUAUGGUCCUGCAGCUUAUUGUGCUGCACAUAUUUCCUAGCAUCUAUGAUGUUUUUGGAGGGGUAAUCAUUAUGAUUAGUGUUUUUGUCCUUGCUGGCUAUAAAGUUUACUGGAAGAAUUUAAGAAGGCAGGACUACCAGGAAAUAUUAGACUCUCCCAUUAAAUGAAUACCUGAUUAUUAUUAUCUCAUUAAUGUUCAGUUAUUAAUAUGUAUACUGCCAUUUUAAUGUUUACCUAUGAAUGUCUUUUGUGUUAUAUAAUUGACAGAGUGCUAUAUCAUAUAUAAUAUAUACAAAUGCAGAAAAUUUAUUCUAGUCUAAUAUAUUCAAAUACAAAUAUUAAAUAUAUGAAA